AUGUAUGUGAUGAUGCAAGUGGAAAGUUACAAAGAUUUUGUGUCCAGUACAGAGCCAGGUGAAAGGAACAUACAAUUUAAAGUCCGUGGGAUGUCAUCGAGCUCCCCUCUUUGCAAACACAUUAACAUAAGCUCUCAGACUCCCCCAGAGUAUUUGAGCACGAUUUACUUUGCUAACUUAAAUGAACUUCUUUUUGUUCCACAGCUGCUUAUUAUUGGCGGAUCCUUUGGCCUCCGUGAAUUUGCACAGGUUCGCUAUGAUGUUCAAAAAGUGAAGAGGAAGAUUGAUCCGGCUCUUGAAGCUCAAUUAAACAAGAAUAAAAAUAAGGUUUCGGUGGAAUCAGAGUAUGAGAAACUACAGCAACAGAACUUGGAUGACUGGGUAAACAUCCGAGGACCACGUCCCUGGGAAGAUUCAAAAUCCUACCAAGAACAGCAGCGGAAGAGCCAAAAUGCAAACAGUAUCAUUAAUGUGAAACACUGAUCUUGAUCUAUUUCCAUCUGAUCACUGGACAUAUAGCUGAGCUGAGCUCAAGAUCUGAGUUGGUGGCUUUUCCUGAAAAUCUUUGUACUUUUGCAUUGAUUUAAUAGAGAUGGUACUUUAUUGCAACAUAAUUUAAAAUGGCAAAUUGGAGACUAUGUGAAAAAGGAUCUGCAGAGCAUAUUAUAAAUUGUUUCCAAUAUAUCUGUUUGACUUUUGUUUUCUAAUAAAAUAGUCCUCGAAGAUUUCA